UGCAGUUUUUCUGAUAAGCAAAAGAAGUAAGAGACUUCAUCCCCACUCAGAGGCUGUACUCCCAAGAAAUAGACUAAAAACAGGCAUAAAUCAAAAUCAGUAAAUCAGUUCGAUUUCCUAACAUUAUCAGUAACGAAUCGUUUUUCAUCUUCUAUCAAUAGAAAUACGACAUACGCAUACGUUCAUUAUUUGCAAGAUAUAUCAUCGUUAUUCGGCAUUCACAAAACAACGCCACAAGUAAAAAAAACUUAAAAAACAAAAAAAGACAGAAAGCAAAAAGCUUAAUUGGGCGACUCCUGAGAUUAUCCUGGUAAAUACUAGAGUGAGAUAUACUAGUAGAAGUGUUAACUUCCUAUUGAAUCAUACUAGAAGCCGCGAGCCUACUAGAGAAGAUAAGCACAAAGAACAUAACCGAGUACAGCUUAGUCGUAUCUAAAAUCAAGAAGAUACUGCAGCAAAGAACAUCCUUCCUGCAGAAUCUGAGUUCAUCAAGAUCAACGUAUCUCAUUUUUAAUUACCUGGCAAAAACAAAAAUCAGCAGCAGAGCACUCUCCUCCAGCAGAGCACAGCACUGCGGUAUCAACAUAAGUAAUAUUAAUCAGCAGAAGCCCAAAGCCAAUCACAGGCCUACGCACUCAGCACGACAAAAUGUUGGCAGUCUACAAGAACCUCGUGUGGCUGGCAUCUUUCCUCUUCUGGAUCGCGACGCUCCACAGUGCGGACUUCUUGUUAAGGCUUGAUCGAUCAACAAUUCUAUAACCCCAAUGAGUCUAAACCUCGUGGACAGUUCUAUGCUCUUAGCCACAGGGCCGGCCCUGCACCGUGAUAGUAAGUGAAUGAACGAAUGAGUGAAUGGAUGAACGGACCAAGUAAGUAUCAUUUUUGUAGUAGGUAACCCCGAUCGUCCCAACAAAUCGUGAGAAAUAACAUAACUGGCUAGCAUUUUUAGCAAAGCCAACAACAACAUACAACAAGGGACAUUCUGUUUCGGAGCGAAGUCAAGAGCUAAGUUGUAUUGAAAGUGGCUGUCGUAGUUGAAGAUCGCAUUGAUGUUCCAGUUUCUAUCGUCAUUAUUCCUCGAAUAAAAGUAUGUUGGAAGAGUAUUUUAUCUCUAAUCUUCUCGGUAACGGCGACGAGCGAAGUGAGCACCCGCAAAAAUCUCCGUGGAGGGUCUUCGAUGGCAUUCGAUGAAGACGAUACGAGCCCUCUUAUGAACGUUACUCAUAGUCUAGUAGUACUUACUCAUAAGCGUCAACGCCAUCUGUUUCUUUCAUGAUUGCGCUGCCGCAUCAAUUUCAGCAACUACUUAUCUAGUUUAACUGAAGUAGAAGUAGAUCAUAUUUUUGUUGCUUUUUACCCUGAUCGGCGUUGCCGUGUGGAUGCAUCGUUAUUUUCGCUAGCGUCCUACCUUCAUUCUGCUCAAGGACGAGAAGCGUACGCUUCUUCUAACAAAUAUUCUAGAGGAUGGGCCUGGGCGUAAGUAGGCUAACUAUCUUUACAAACUUGCUACUGAGGUGGGCUCGCUUAGCUUUAUUGGGAUCGUUUGAUUUAUUGUGUAGAAGCAAAUGGCUAUGAUUUGGGACGCCUGCUCCUCUAAGGAUCACAAUUCGACCAGUUUUUCGGAAUUCACACCCAAAAAGCUUCAUGGUCCUUCCCUGGAAGAUGGAACGCACCGGAAACCUAACGUCGCAAGGCGUUCCUUGUUGGCUCGUGCUUCUGCCUCAAACUCGGAUACUUCGAUGGCGGUGACAAACACCGUAUUCGCUAAAACUUAAGAUGAGCAACGUUCUAAAACUCCAUCUAAAAACAAGAGUUUGAUACUCCGCCUACAUCCAUAGCUAAACAAUAACGAUUCAGAUAGUUGGUAGUAAGACGUUGAUGGUCUUGGUCCUCAAAGAUAGAUGGAUACAGAGUUAGGUAUGGUCUCAUCUCGAAUGAAGAUGUAGAUGAGAAUCUUCGGUAGACUUCUAUUGAGUAAAAAUAUAUAAGAGACCACUAACUAAGACCUUUUUAGUACUUCUAAGAGACGGCGACCCCACCCGACGAAGAUGCUGUCGAAAAUCAACCGCCACCCCUAGGGGAUUACUCUGCGGCCACCAGCUCGUUUCUACUAACCGAGACUACUAGUCAGCCGCUUGCAGGAGGUGCAGAGAUGCAAAGCGUGCAAGAAUCUCAUGAACAAGCUAAAGAGGCUGAAGAAAAGCGAAAGCAUCAAAAAGUACGGCUUGCGGCUAAAAUGAAUGCAGAUGCGGAAAAGCUAGAAAGGCUCAUCGGGUUUCGUGGAGGAGGGCCUGGCACACUUACGUGUCUCGACGACCGCGCGUUUAGAAAUCCGCGGACCGGCAAAAUGCUCGACAACGCCGUGCUUGUCGGCAGCCGCAUGAAGUUAAGGGUGAAUGACUCGAACAAUAUGAAUAUUGCGUCGUCUUGUAGCCUCUGAAAAGUAAGCCUCGAUAGAAUUUUUGAACUCAUAGGUGCUCGUCUCUCCGAAAAUUAUCCACCUACUUUGCGAAGACUAGUACAAAAAAGGCGCACACUUGGGAUUAACUAUGGCUAGCGGUAAAUAAUCCGUCACAGCCCGCGCCCAUCCUUACGUGUUCCAUCAACCUCAAGGAAGAUGGUUCUCACAGAAUUAAUGAUGAUAAUGUUGCUGCUGGUAGCAGUCUGUCUCUAACUAAGCACGCCCGAAAGCUCUUGAAUGCUGUCACUUCCGAACGCAUGCUCUCUCCUCAAGGGAUUAAAACUCACACGUCCAGUUCUGCUAAAUUCGCCGACCGCGAUCACGCCGUUCCCCUGUGCCUCAUCGUGUGGUCGAACGCACGCGUCCGCAAAGAAGGCGCUGCUCUUGCUUAUUAAGGUUAAACAUAUUUCGAAAGAUGAAUCGUUUGCGCAUGUUGAUUAUCAGAAGGCAAGACGAGACCACAUUGGUGAGAAUAGUCGAGUAGAACUACGUCUACGGCCGCGCCCAGUGGCGUAAUGCUGAUGACCGCGGGACGACAGCAACAACUUCUACAGAUGGUGUAAUAUUAGAAGUAUCCGAGGUAAUAAGUCAUAUGGACACGACUCGCUCUCGCUCCAUGAGGUAUGCCUGCUCAGUUGAGAGCAGAGCAUGGCUGAGGCGCUGCACCCUUGUACUUGUUCCCUAAUUAAGCCCAAUAUACCGUCUACUUGGUCUUUUGGAAGUGUGUUGCUGCAGAUGUUCAAACAAGAAUUAGACCGAUAAAAAUUAAUAUACGAAUUAUGUGAUGAAGUAAGUUCUAGUCGUAGCAUUAGUAGGAAUCUAAUUGAAAAGCAAGAAGAGCAAAACUAGCAAGUGUGCAGUAGAUGAAGGUCUUACUCCUCUAACGUGGUCGCCUCGCAGUUGUCUGGGGAAACUCCGAAAUUUUGGAAACGAUCAUAAACACCCGUCAGGGUCAGGCUGACCACGAGUUGUACAAGGCGCGUCUUGGUUAUGAAUAUUUUUGGACGGCUGCCGAGCAGAUGGGGAAACAGAAUCCACCCGAUCUAUUAAAUAGGCAUGAUUGGCGAGAGAUUAUGGGCACGAUUAAAGCCUUUGACGCACUAGUAACUGAUUGGGUUCUUGCCCUUGACGUUGGCGAUAAAUUGUCGGACACUCGACCCGGCCCCAUGAAAAUGUUGGAAGAGAAAGACAUUGGUCAACAGCCGCGCAACUGGAGAAGCUACACCUCACCCUCAGAAAGUGCAACAAGCCUGCUGGAUUACAUGGCAUUAAGGCCCGUCGCGAUCCAUCUGGAGAAGCAUCCUGAAAGACUUUUUCUUCAAUCGAAAAAGCAGCAUCAUUCAAGAUGGCCUUCUCGCUUACAUGGGCUGCGGUGCUGACGUCUAAUGAAUGGAGAGCAUUUCACCACGUCUCCUGAUUUUCGGGAUGGACAUGAUUUUGGGGCUGGAAGUGUAGAGAAAAGGCUAACAGGAACGUUUGAGGUUAAGGUUGUGACGGUCGAAAAUACUGGAUCUUGGUUUUCAAAUAUGUGGGGGGGGACGCCGAGGACCCAGCAGGUGACGAAAACGACGACAGCAGCUCGCUUUAUUCGGGCAGUUUUCAUGACCAAUGAUUAAGGAUUACCAGAACUAUCGUCCGACCAAAGCAUAUCUGUGGCCCCCUUGUUCUCGGGUAGAAAUGUCACGACAGAUAUGCCAAAUAGAGGACGAUAGGCCAAAGGGAAAGAUCUAAAGUGACGGCACUCAGAUCGGACUCGUCUGGGGCUUGCCUGAGUCCCAUGACGAAAAGGGAGAGCCAAGUAUUGCCAAGAUCAAAGAGCCUCUCGUUCAGCUCUGGACACCUCUGAGGAGCACACAGGAGAAGACUCAGGCUCAGUGUGAGCGCGUAUAUACCUACCUCACAGGUAGCGAAUUCUUUCAGAGUCUGUGUGCGAAAGCGGGUGAACUAGAUGAACCGCGUGAGAAAAGUCAAGUCUUUGGUCUUUCUGCUCCUCGGUGGUUCACGUUCAGAAAGUAAUUAUGUAAUUUGUGAAUCCUAGUUAGACGAGCUCCACCGGAAAUGUUUAGUGAUAGGGGAAGAGGCGCUACGCUCCUAUCGCCUCUAGAGAGAAGGUAGGUUCGUAUCGAUUUGGUCAAAAGAUCAGUCCGAUUACACUAGCUGCGGGAGCUGCUUGUUGGAGUAUUCAUUGUCAUUGUUGUACUCUUUCUUGAAUAUAAUGCAUGAUAACCAAGAAAAGAAGAAUGUUGGGCGACUUGCAUUAUGAUUCAUCGCAAAAGAGUGAUCUUCUUUGAUGAGCAGGGUCGAGUAGCGGCCUCGCCUAAGUCUCUCUCUCCCUCUGAUGUCGUGAUAUACGUAUAGGCGUUAAGCCGUACAUGAAGAAAGGUAGAAGGUGCUGAUAGCAUUGCCGGAGCAAUUGAUAUGAAAGAAAGAAGUAGUAUGACUAUAAUGAGUAGAAAUGCGUCUACGCAUUUAUCUUUCUCUUUGGAAGCAAAUUGGUAGAAAUAAGAAAACUAGUGCUACAGAGACAGGAGAGAAGCAUCAAGCCAAAGCCUGGGAUGAAUGUCUAGCCUUGUCGUCAUGUUGUGGCUGUGGUUCCAUUUGGCCACUUACUGAUGAUAUGUUGAGAAUGGGUGUAUGAGUUGUAGCCUCGUCUAUGGUAGAUAAUUGUGAAGUUUUGGAUCUUGAUGAAGGUCUGCCUUGUGAGACUACCAGAUAGAGUAUCUAUCAAGAUUAAUGUCGCGAGGUACUCCUUCACUUCCUUACCUACCUGAUGACGUACUCCUUCGGGAGUACUAUUGAGAAGAUGCGCCGCCACUCAUUCACUCACUCAACAGCGCGGCUGUUGAAAACAGCAAACUACUCGAACAACUGAAAUAACCGAGCAACGCUAGUACUUGAUAGACCUACUAAAUUUGCGCUAUUCUUGCUUAUCUUCAGGCUUUGAGUAGAUGACCACGACAGAAUGUAGAAGUUUGUAGCUUUCCAAAAUUGUGAGACGAUAAAGAGUUAGAUGCUAUUUUUUAGUAUACAAAAGUAAGAGGGACAAAACGCAAAUGUUGAUAACUAUGUUGAUAGAAAGUAAUCUCGAAGGUGUCCGUAGUUUGAGCAACAAGGAGUUGCUCACAAAAAUCGUAAAAAUGAAGAAGACAAUUUGGCAAAUAGAAUUAAUUUCCAUUGAUCUUCGUAUGUUGAUUUUGAUAUAGAUCUAUUUUUAGGGAGGGGGAGACUUACUUGCACAACUGCAAGAUCUACGCUGUAGUCUCUCCUCCACUGUAGCGCUUCAGCGUCCAAAUUCAGUGUAGAGCUUCAGCGUAGAAGGAUUAGUGUGUAUUGUAGAUCAAUGUGGAUGGAAGCUCUCUGUGAAAUCGCUCGUAGCUCUUGCGAAGUCUUGCUGUCGCUCCUAAGCUUUAAAGAGAAGAAGCCUCUUACUAGUUCACACCUGUAGGAGUAGGAGACACUUUCGCCUUGUGUGAAGAAGAGGCCAAUGCGCCCUAUCCUAUCCUAUCCUAUGCUAUAUCUCCCUGCUGUCGCAGAUGAUACAGCCAAAAAAAGUUGUGAACUAAGAGCAGGGCUUACUUACGAACCAACUACUAAGAGAAGCUGCUACAAUGUAAGGAAAUAAUGCUUACGAACUAAGAGCAGAAGCAAGCUAGCUAAGAAAGUAUAUAGGUGAGGACACGUCAGAUUCAUGCCACAUUUGAAGACAAACUUGACAGAUUUGCGUUAUCUUUUAUACCACGUCGAUUGCUAUUACUAUUUUACUCACUUCUUCUCGCCCAACGAGUGCUACAACAUGGGCAACGACAGAGAGAAAGCGCUGCGAAGAUCUUCUUCAUCAGGUGCAAUAGGGUAGAAUAGCUGCUGAAGAUCGUUCAAUCUUCAGCAGCAUACUACCGCGAAGAAUCCAGCUACUUCUACUUCAUCAAUCUUCAACUUCAUGCUCACGUUAGUCGUAUGGAGAAUCAAGAAGAACAUUGGUCGGAGGGCAAGGGCCACUGUGUCAUGUACUAGUAUGAGCUUGAUGAUGUUGCUGCUGUAUUUGAAGACUCGUUGCGACUCGUUGUAGUGCAACUCUUAUUCUUAUCGAGGAGAGUUACGAGUAGACGAUCCGGAAGAGACGUUUAAUAGACGAACGCAGGCAUGUCAGCAUCGAGGAGUAAUUUAAAAUCUGCAAUCGCAUUCCUUACUCCCCUUAACUAGAAUGAUCUAGCAUUUUCAACAUGAAAAAUUUUUAACGAUGAAAGAGUCACUAUGUUAAUAUGUAGUAAGCUGAAAGGCUUAUGCUGUAAGUAUGACGCAAAAUAUUAAGAAAAAAAAUGGGAUAAAAUCAGUAUGAGCAUACUGACCACUCGGGAAUAAAAAGAUAACAUCAAGAGCGACGUCGAGCAUCAAUGCAUGCCACU